AUGACAACAGCACAUAGACCUACGUAUAGACCAGCAAUAGGUGGAAGUGAAUAAGGUGGAAAUAAAAUGUUAGUCCAUUCAAGAUCUUAUCAUUCUAAAGAUUUACCUGCUUAUUUAAUAUUGAAAAUGAGAUAACCUGGGUAAGGAACAUAGGAGGAAUUGCAAUAAAAGGAUUUUAAAAUGGAUUUAUUAAAAAGAGAAGAAGAAGGAAGAAGAUAAAGAGAAUUAAAAGCAUUAGGUGUUUCUGAAACUUCAUUAGCUAUAGAAGCAACUUAAAAAAGUAGAAACAUUCUUUUUAAAUUAUUAAUUAGAUUAAAAUAAAGAUGUUUAAGAACCUAUGUUAUUAAAAAAAACUAAAUUAGAAGAAAAAGAAGUAUAUCCAUAAGAUGCUGAUGAUAAAGAAUUCAUUAAAUCUUCUGAUGAUGAAGAAGAAAAUGCUUAAAAACCAGAAAAACUUAUUAUAUCAUAAUAAGAUUUAAAAAUUGAAGAAACAUCAUCUUCAUCAAGUGAUGGAGAAGAUGAUGAUGAAUUAUUAAUGAAAGAAUAUCAAAAAAUUAAAGAAUAAAGAGAAAUUGAAGAAAAAAAGAAAGUAAAUUAGUCUAUCAAAAUAAGUUUUUAGAAAAAUAAGAAUAUUUAGAUAAAAAUAGGGAAGAAGAAAUUAUUAAAGGAAAUCCAUUAUUAAUAAGUGAAGAUUAUUCUUUAAAAAAAAAGUAUUAUUUUUAUAAUGAUUUAUUUUAGAUGGUAUGAAGAUACUAUAUUUAAAAAUUAAUCAAGACUAGAAGUAAAAGAAAAACAAAGAUUUAUUAAUGAUGCUGUUAGAAGUGAUUUUCACAGAAAAUUCUUAAAUAGAUAUAUAUAAAUGUGA